CAUGUCUUGUGGUUGUUUUAUGUGGAGACGCGUGGUUGUUGUUGUUACUUUGCACCACGUGUCAUCCUGUCAUGCCUCUCAGCCCCGCCUUCUGUCUCCCGUAAUCAUUCCUUAGUGUUUAAUCUCUGUCACCUGCCGCUCACCUCCUGUUUGUAAUUUUCCCUCGUUGGUUGUUCCCUAUUUAAUUCCCUUUUGUUUCAAUGUUCCUGGUCGGAUUGUUGUCGCCAUUCAUGUCGGUUUGUGUAUUUGAACAAUCCGACCAAAGAAGAACCCAGCAGGCAUUAAGGACACUGUGCGGUCCCGCCAGGCUCGCCUCCUCUGCGGCAUUCACCAGGGUAACGGGGACCUGGACGAUUAUGCUGACAGGUUCCUAGAAGCCGCAGGAGAGAUGGUGUUCGGAGAGGAGGAGCUGACGACGCUCUUCAACGCUGGCCUCAGGGUACCACUCUCGCAUGCGGAGAUGAGGAUGCUGAGACCUCUGGACUUUGAAACCGUUUGGCUGUAUGCAGUGGAUCAAUCAAGCUCCAGGGUCUUAGAUCAACCCGCUUGCUCAUCACCGCUGGUCGCGAUCCCUGAGGGUCGUUCCCUACAGAUCGGUAUCGGAGGUGUCACCACACCAUCCUCCUCACCUUCCGCUGUUUCUCCACUACCAGCUAGCCACUGGGGUAAACGUGGACGGAGGGAGUCGUGGGACUCCCCGUCCGACACCUCUGGCAUGGAACUGGUCGGACCCCUCACAGCUUCUCUGGUGCCGGCCACACGUCUCGGGAGCCGGUCCAAGAGGAAGAGGCAACGGAGGGCGGUUCGUAGUCCGAAUGUCCCUAAACCAGUGAUCCAGCCGUCUCCCAGACCGGCCCAGCAGCCGGAUACUCAGCCGGCCGUCCAGCCGGAUACUCAGCCGGCCGUCCAGCCGGAUACUCAGCCGGCCGUCCAGCCGGAUACUCAGCCGGCCCCUAGCCUUGUUCCUCCCAGGACUACACCUGCUAAGUCACCUGGGACUCCCCCUCGGGAUAAGACUUUCCCACCUAACCCAAGCCCGUUUGGACUUCCUUCUAUGUACUCUUGUGUUCCCCCUCCCCCCCUCCCUUGUUUGUUAUUUUUAUUGGCACACCCAAAUCCCAUUUUAGCCUCUUCAUGUUACCCUUAGCUUGUUUUGUGCUGUGUUUAUGGUGUCUUUCUGUGUGUUUUACUGUUUCCUCCUGCGGAGGGUUCUCCCUUGGAACGCCGUGAGGCGUUUCUUGGGGAGGGGAUUAUGUCAGGACUUUGUCCUUCAUGUUUUUGAGUUCUCUAACUCUCGACAAAGUCAGGACAGAUCCAUGUCUUGUGGUUGUUUUAUGUGGAGACGCGUGGUUGUUGUUGUUACUUUGCACCACGUGUCAUCCUGUCAUGCCUCUCAGCCCCGCCUUCUGUCUCCCGUAAUCAUUCCUUAGUGUUUAAUCUCUGUCACCUGCCGCUCACCUCCUGUUUGUAAUUUUCCCUCGUUGGUUGUUCCCUAUUUAAUUCCCUUUUGUUUCAAUGUUCCUGGUCGGAUUGUUGUCGCCAU